AAGGAAGGAAGGAAGGAAGGAAGGGGAGGCGUAGGGCGCGAGGCAAAGGCGAGAAGAGGAGGAGGGGGCGCGCGAUGCUGGGCGCGCGGCGUGUAGUGUGCGCGCUCUCGGGCGGCGUCGACAGCGCCGUGGCGGCAGUCCUUCUCCGGCGGAGAGGAUAUGAAGUGACUGGAGUUUUUAUGAAGAAUUGGGACAUUGCGGAUGAAAAAGGAGUUUGCUCUGCUGACAAAGACUGUGAAGAUGCCUACAGGGUUUGUGAGAUACUCGACAUUCCAUUUCAUCAGGUUUCCUAUGUAAAAGAAUAUUGGAAUGAUGUCUUCAGCUACCUCUUAAAUGAAUAUGAAUUAGGAAGGACUCCGAAUCCUGAUAUUAUAUGCAACAAAUACAUCAAAUUCAAUCAUUUUUUUCAUUAUGCUGUGGAUAAACUUGGAGCAGAUGCAAUUGCAACAGGUCAUUAUGCCAGGACCUCCCUGGGAGACAAUGAAGUAUUCCAGCAAAAAUACAUUCAGAGGCCACAAGGGCUCUUCAGAAAUAGAUUUGAAAAAAGAAAUAAUGUAAAGCUUCUUCAAGCGGCUGAUCAGUUUAAGGACCAAACGUUCUUUCUCAGCCAGAUUUCACAGGAAGCCCUGCGGAGAACGAUUUUUCCUCUGGGAGAUUUAACUAAAGACUUUGUAAAAAAGAUUGCUGCAGAGCAUCACCUCCACCAUGUACUGCAGAGAAAAGAGAGCAUGGGGAUCUGUUUCAUUGGUGAAAGGAAUUUUGAAAAGUUCAUUCUUGAGUAUUUGGAGCCGCGCCCAGGCAAUUUUGUUUCCAUCGAAGAUGAUAAAGUCAUUGGAACACACAAAGGUUGGUUCUUGUAUACACUUGGACAGAGAGCCAGAAUAUCAGGCCUCAGAGAUGCUUGGUUUGUUGUAGAUAAAAAUACAGCUUCUGGGGAUGUCUUUGUGGCACCCUCCACGGACCACCCUGCCCUUUACAGAGGUCUCUUGCGGACAAACAGAGUGCACUGGAUUGCGGAGGAACCUCCCGCUGAACUGAUUCGGGACAAAAUGAUGGAGUGCAAUUUCCGCUUCCAACACCAGAUGGCACUAGUGCCUUGCACAUUAACUCUGAAUCAGGAUGGGACUGUGUGGGUCACACUAGUUACACCCUUGAGGGCUCUGACACCAGGGCAGUUUGCCGUUUUCUACAAAGGUGACGAAUGCCUCGGCAGUGGAAAGAUUGUGAGAUUAGGCCCAUCAGUGUUUACUUUGCAGCAAGGCAAAAAUAGAGUAAGGACGGCGGGAAAUGUCCCCACCAAUGAGGUCAAUGUGGAGCCGGCCACAUGACGGCUUGCUUUUUUAACCAAGCAAAGACUUUGUAAGUUGAAAGAGUUCGAAUUAAAAAAAAGUUCAAAUACUCAUACAGAUUCAUGGAUGAACUUGCGGACAUACUGUUCUAAAUAACUUUCCUGGGUAAAUUAAGGGCAUUUAAAAAUAAAUGAAAUAUUUUUGAUGUGUUGUUGAAGGCUUUCAUGGCUGGAAUCACUGGGUUGCUGAGUUUUUCGGGCUGUAUGUCCAUGUUCCAGUAACAUUCUCCUCUGACGUUUCACAUGCAUCUGUGGCUCACAUCUUCAGAGGUUCUGUUGGCAGUGAAGCAAGUGGAGUGUAUACAUCUGUGUGGAAUGUCCAGGGUGGGAGAAAGAACCCUUGUCUAUUUAACGCUAAUGUGAAUGUUGCAAUUAGCAAGCUUGAUUAGCAUUGAGUAGCCACUGAAUAUUUUUCGUAUGAUCAUUGACUUAUAUUGAUAAGGAAGGUUAAAAAAGCCCCUUCCUUCUUUGAGAAUGCAAUGAUUGGAGUUGAGAACCUUUUUUUUUAAAAAAAAAAACAGGACUACAAGAUACAUACCUUAGUUAAAACAAGUGUCUGAUGAAGAGACUGCUUUUUACAAACUCCUACCCAGUUUCCCCUUUGGAUCCUCAUGUUCUGUCUAGCUGGGUAUUUCUUUAGCAGCACUGACAUAGAGAAGAUGGGGAAGGAAGCUGGGAAACACAGGCUUUUUGGUGUCAAGCUGCAGCAGCACGUCCGUAGAAAAUAGUGCCAUAAGCUAAAGCUGCACUGGGAAGAAUCAGUCUCUAGUAGUCAAACCCAUUUUAGCUGUUGACAACAGGCAAGGUCAACAGCAGCUGCCUGCAGCAUUCCCUUUUACAGAGCAAAACAGGGAGAGAAUAGGACAGUUUCAAGCCUACCUCACCAGCUACCUUACAGUACUGUAAAAA